CAUAGACCAAAUUCAUGAAUGAAGUGCUGAAAGCCUGAAUUGUAGGUUUCCACAAUGUUCUCCUUCAAAUACCAGUUGAACACUUGAGCCCAACUAGCCCUAUCUUCACGAUUGAUGAAUGAUGACAAACGAAAAAAAAAAAAGCAAAGGGAGGUCCCACGUUGUUAAGUAAAUAUAUGUGGUUGCCAUUUCUCCUAAACAAUUUCAUAUAUCCGUUCGUUGAGCUUCCUACCUUUGGGUUGAUUCAUUCCUCCUACUAGUCAGCAGUGGAAUGAACCCAUAGCAUCCCAAGCUCCACUUACUGUUAAGAAGGUUCAGCAGGGAAAAUUGUUCUUUACAUACAACCAAGAGCCAUGAAACCUCCUCGAGUACUGGUCACGAGUUCGAGCAGAUUGGUCUUUACCAGAAACUGGAGGCCUGUUCCAUGCGGGAGAAGGGAUUUUGGUUUCCGGCCACCGGGAGUCACAUUUCCGAUCUCCAUGACUGCAGGCUCCAAAGCUAAUGCUCCCUCCACUCGACCUCGUAUUCCAAUAAUUGCACCAGAUGUUGGGUCGGAUGUGUAUCAGGAAACAGCGAUGAAGUCGGAAGCAGCUUUGGAAGAGAGCCUAGAGAAGGCAAUUUAUCGGUGCCGUUUCUUAGCAUUUUUCGGAGUGUGUGGCUCUUUGGUGGGAUCUUUUCUGUGUUUUAUAAAGGGCUGCACAUAUGUUGUGGCUUCAUUUAUGGAAUACUUUGUGAGCCAUACAAUAGUGAUCUCAUUGUUGAUUGAAGCCAUUGACAUUUAUUUGGUGGGAACAGUGAUGCUAGUCUUUGGAAUGGGUCUUUAUGAGCUAUUCAUCAGCAACCUUGACAUUGCAAAGUCAUUUUCUUCAAAGGAAACAGCAUACCGAUCAAAUCUCUUUGGCCUGUUCGCUCUUAAGGAACGACCCAAGUGGCUUGAAAUAAAAUCAGUAAAUGAGCUAAAGACGAAGCUUGGCCAUGUAAUAGUAAUGGUUCUUCUAGUUGGGUUGUUUGAGAAGAGCAAGAAGGUAGUGAUAAGCUCUUCUCUGGAUUUGCUUUGCUUCUCUACCUCUAUUCUCUUAUCAUCAAGUUGCCUUUAUCUCUUGUCAAGGCUCAACAGCUCAAAGCAAAAAUAAAUAUACAUCUUUCAGCUAAAGGUUGUGUAAAAAUUGACAUUUUAGCUAAGGAAUAUCAAAGUGUGUAAAUAGAUAAAUUAAAUAAACUAUAAACGUGUACCAGCUAUAUUCAGUUGUGCCUUCACCUUCUACUACUUGACAGUAGUGAGGUUUCGGUUCAGUUAAAGAGAUGCUCAACUUAAGGCUG